CUCCGCUAGACCAUUUUACUGGGGAUUUGAAACGGCACGCACGGAUUGGCAUGUCAAUGUAGGAUAAUAGGGAGCCUAUUCUCUUGUCCACAGCGAAUGCCACGACUGGAAAAUAGGUGAUCAUCUUGGCAAAUGCUUGUGAAAAGCUUGGGCUAUCUCUGCUCAUUUCACAAACCCAAAAGUGUCAGAGCCGCGUAAAAGAAACAAAAUCCUCUGUAUCUGCUCAAAUGAUUUGGAGAAAUUCAUUAGCAUCCAUAUAGUAAUCGUGACGAUGAUAAGAUCAUAAUGAUCAGCACAUACAACCACGGCAAGCUAGCAGACAUAGCGGAGACCGGGUGGAGUCCAAUCCUUCUCCGCGGUCUACCCCGGUCAUGUUGGCGUGGAAAACAGACGUGACAACCUGGGGAGUCCGGAGAAGGCUAAAAGAGGUAUAUUAGGCCCUCCGCCAGCUGGUACCAGCAACAACCCCCGAGGGCUAUUCAUCUCCACUGAAAGAGGUUGCGUUUCUCUUCAGACAUUUUUUGUUUCUCGUCUUUGUUCACCGUGUAUGAAACGACCACCUUUCUCUCUUAUCUAGUCCCUCAAAUACCUUGGCUGAAAUACAUCCAUCUCAGCGCCACUUAAAACGACAAUAAGUGGCCUUUACUUGGAUGCCAGCACGAUGGCCGACCUUGAUUCAAAAUCCACCUCACACCAUGUUGAAGCAAGCGCCAAACAAAUUGAUGGACAGGAUAUACUCUUUGACGGCUUGUCUGAUGAAGAAACCAAAGCUCUAGAGAAGCGCUUGGUGCGCAAGAUCGACUUACACCUGAUAUCGUCCCUUUUCCUUCUCUUCAUAUUCAACAUUCUGGAUCGUUCCAAUAUUGCCAAUGCUCGUCUUGGAGGAAUGCAAGAGGACUUAGGCCUCUCGGACACGCAGUAUCAAACAGCUGUGGCUAUCAUGUUCGUCGGUUAUCUUCUAGGUCAGGUACCGAGUAACAUUCUCCUGACUCGGUUGAAGCCAUCGCGCUAUAUUCCAACGGCUAUCUUCAUCUGGGGAGGUAUCUCGCUGUGCAUGGCAGCGACUAAGAACUUUGCUGGCGUCAUGUGUGUGCGUGUCUUUUUGGGAUUUGCGGAAUCUCCGUUUUUCCCUGGAGCCUUACUAUUGAUCAGUUCCUGGUAUAAGCCUUCGGAGAUCGCUGUACGCGUGGCAAUUGUAUACUGUGGUAACACAAUCGCCAAUGGAUUUGGUGGUAUGCUUGCCGCUGGUAUAAUGAGUGGGCUGGAUGGCAAGGGAAACCUCGAGGGCUGGAGAUGGCUAUUCAUCAUUGAAGGAGCAGGUACAAUGGUUGCCGGAGUUCUCGCGGUGGCUCUGCUCCCUGACUUUCCUCGCUCUGGACAGCGAAAAUGGUUGAAUGAGCAGGAGCAACGGUUCGCCGAAUGGCGUCUUGCCCGCGCAGCAAACGACGAGGUCGACGAGAAUGGCUCCGUCAAAGAGGGCCUGAGAGACGCAGUGAUGGAUCCCAAGGCUUGGCUUCUGAUUCUGAUCCAGGUCUGUCAAUUGUCUUCGCAGACAUGGACAUACUUCUUCCCUACAAUUGUCAAAACCCUGGGCUUCAACAACAUGAUUACUCUCUUGAUCACAGCGCCAGUAUACGUGUUUGGCUUCAUCACCGCCCUGGGAAACUCUCUGAUCGCGAACCGCACCAACCAACGCGCAAUUCUUAUUGUCUGGCCUCUCUGUGUCGAUAUAGUGGGUAAUAUCAUGGUCAUCUCGUCGCGAGCAACAGCCGUCCGCUAUACGGGAAUGUUCCUCAUGUGCGCCGGUUCCUAUUCAGCUUUCAACGUCGUCCAAGCGUGGAUCGCCAGCACUAUCCCUCGCACAAGAACCAAACGAGCAAUUGUGUACGCUCUGGUCAACUUGUUUGGCAACUCUUCCAAUAUCUACGGCUCAUACUUCUUUCCCACCUCGGACUCGCCCCAGUAUAGGCCCGGAGGAAUCAUCUUGUCUUCCUUUGCAGCUGGCGGAAUAGUGAUGUCCUUGCUCCUCGCUGCCUAUCUGCACUUCUUGAACGCCAAAGCACGAAAGGCAGAGGAUCAAGAUGGUCAUAUACGCUACAGGUACAUUUGGUGA